CUCUUUCCCUUUUUUUUUUAUAAAGAGGGUAGUUAACUGCUGGUUUGCUAUGAUAAGCCAAUCAUCUCAUGAUAGACUCUACAGAUUUCGUGGUGCUGACAGUUCAUUUUAUGUAAAAACUAUGUAAAAACAAAUGAACCGCGACCCUUUGGUGGAUAAGAAAAGAAAAGGUGUUUGUUCACGUACUUCCUCUACCUGGGAGAUCCAAAGUAAGGGUGACAACCGACGAAAAUGAAACGAUACACGUGCAGAGAGAAAAUCCGCACCCUUCCCCUCCUAGAAGAUUUGAGAAAAAAGAAAAUCCCAUUUGAGAGGAAGGGCUAGAACGACCCACCAUUAGCAGAAGUGGCAGCCAAAAGCUUUGCUCACUUGUUCAGUAGUGUGCAAUGUGGUGUGUAGGAAUGACAAGCAAAUUCAAGGGUGCGUUACAGGAACUGUCUUUUACCUAAAACAAUAUUACCUUGGAGGGGCCGGGAUGUGCGAGUUACCCAGCCACAACUACGGAUUUAAUGGCGCUCGUUUAACGUUUGUCGUCUUUCACAACCCUCCUUUCUCGACGCUGAUUUUUCGUCCCGAUGGAAACUACUCGUUCACCGGAACUGGCCCAUUAUGGCAAACGUGGAUGGCCAAGAAACUCAAUUUUACCAUUAAUUACAUGAUGCUCAAUCAAAGCACCAUCCAUCAAAGCGGAAUGUCAGAUUUCGAUUUGGCUUUUCAGCUUGUGUCUAACAAAGAGGUGGACGUCUAUUCCAACGGCGUUGUAGCCACUCCGGAACGGAAACAGAAAGUGGAUUUAACUUAUUUUAUUUGGACGGAACCGUACUCGAUGGUCGUACCUCAACCAGAAGAGCAAUCGCGAAUCUUUGCAUUCAUUUAUCCAUAUCAACCAAUGGUAUGGCUACUGAUUUUCAUCACGAUGAUUGCGGUGGUGCUCUUGAUGAGUUCACUUUCAGUCAUACACUUAAACGUUACUGACAAUGGUACACCUGCUAUACCACGACAUCGAAAAACUGCGUUUGAUUACGCAAUUGACUACACGAUGCACAUGUUGAGUUUGAUAACCAAUCAAGGAGCUUAUAUUGCUGGCGCACGUUUCAUGUCCUUACGGGUUCUUCUGGGAGUGUGGGUGUUGAUGGCCACUGUUUUGGUCAACGUUUACUCCGGUACCGUCAUCUCGUACCUGACGGUGCCCCGAACAAAACCGCCCAUCAACACAUUCGAAGAUUUGGCUGCCAAUCGAGACGUUGGCAUCAUUCUGCGUACUGAAGCACUCAUCACGCAACACAUCUUGGAAGCCAAAACAGGGGCGCUGAAGACAAUAGGCGAUCAAGCCCGUCGUCAUGCGGAUCGUUUCUGGACGGACCAGGAGAAACUUAGUCGUCGUUUAGCAACUGGACGUUAUGCUUAUCCUUGGAUCCAAACAUUUUGCCAAUUCUUCAUCGUCAACCAAUUCAAAAAGGAUGGUGCUUGUCGUUUUCGAAUGACCGAUCCUUUACCCUUUCAGUCUGCCUUUUUCUCGUUGGCUCUCCAGAAGGACAGCAAGUUUACGCCAGCAUUUAACAAAGCUUUGAUGGAACUCUGGGAAAGCGGACUAUUUCCUUACUGGGUGCGUAACGUUUCACCGCAGGCUCCGGAAUGUUUCGCUAAAACUAAACCACGGACGAUAUCGGCCAGAAAAAUGCCCAUUCGUUUAGCGGAUUUAAUCGGAGCUUUUUUUAUUUUCGGAAUUGGUUUUGGAUUGGCAAUCUUUGCCAUUUUCAUCGAGCAAAUUGUUUCACGCGCAAGCCGGCGGAUGGCAACGGCUAGCAAAUGCUGACCGGUCUCGUUUCAAACUUAGCUUAGGCUGUUAUAACCGCCUUUCUCAUCGAACUGUGUCCGUUAGUUAAUACAUGAUUACCCAAUGUAUUGAGCAAAUGAAAAGAUUAAAUGUGUCAAUCGAUGAA